GCCCCGCUUUCGGUUUCGCUGUCCGUAGAGGAGGCAGAGCUGCCCUCGGUGCCGCAGUGCAGUUCUGGGCUCCUCAGUACAAGAGGGAGAUGGAGGUCCAGUGGAGGGCUGUGAAAGAUGAUUAAUGGGCUGAAGCAUCUCUUAUGAGGAGAAGGCUGACAGAGUUGGGCUUGUUCAACUUCGAGAAAAGACUGCUGAGAGGGGACCUCAGUCUGCAUAAACAUCUAAAGGGAGGGUGUCAAGAGGAUGGACCAGGCUCUUCUUGGUGGUGCCGAGCAAUAAAACUGGAGGCAGCGGGCAGAAACUGAUGUACAGGAAGUUCCACCCAAACAUGAGGAGGAAUAUCUUUACUGUGCAGGUGAACACGAACUGGAACUGAUUGCCCAGAGAGUCUGUGGAGUCUCCCUUACUGGAGAUAUUCAGAAACUGCCUGGACACAAUCCUGUGCUAUGUGCUCUGGGAUGACCCUGCUUAAGCAGAGAGGUUGGACCAGAUGACCUGUUAUGUCCCUUCAGCCUUACCCAUUCUGUGAUUCUGUGGGUCAGGCAGUGCUUCUCCAGUGUUUGAUGGGAUGGCAUAGUCUUCUUAUGCACUGGCUGCAAAUGUAUUAGGAGAGGAGUUGUCAACGUCAGACAUACAGUCUAACAUGGAACAUCUGCCUCAGAUAGUCCCAAAAAUGUAGAGCACUCCACUGCUGUGUCUUGAAGACUGGGCUUCUGACUUCCACCCUCUGAAAUACCUCCCUUUAAGUACAACAGAGGAAGAUUUUAAUGAAACAGCAGAUUCCAUGAAUACUUGUCUUCAUACUGGGGUGAUGGAUGCCAAGAGCUUGCAAGUGACUGCUUCCUGGUCUGAGUAAUUUGAGCAUGAAGUACUCAUGGGUAAGAGAAAGGAAGAAAGUGUUUUAACUCCUGGGUCCCAGAAAAGGCAGAGAAAAGAAUACACAGAUGUACAUAGUGAUGAGUCUGAUGAAGAAACUUUAGAGUUCUCAGCUAAUAGUAGUGCCCCUUCACAGUUGCCUGACGGUGAGGUUGGGAUAAUUGAAAGUAUCCAGCUGAAGAACUUCAUGUGCCAUUCAAAUCUGGGGCCUUUUCAGUUUGGAUCAAAUCUCAAUUUUGUUGUUGGAACCAAUGGAAGUGGAAAAAGUUCUGUAUUGACAGCACUAAUUGUUGGACUUGGUGGAAAAGCCACUGCAACUAACAGAGGUUCCUCAUUAAAAAUGUUUAUUCAAAAAGGAGAGACUUCUGCAGAUAUUUCCAUAACUUUGCGAAACCAAGGAAGAGAUGCAUUUAAACCAGAAUUGUAUGGUACCUCUAUUACUGUGAAUCAGCGCAUUAAUCAGGAUGGAAGCAGAACUUGCAAACUGAAAAGCAAAUCUGGGACCAUAAUUUCUUCAAAGAAAGAAGAACUCAUAGGAAUACUGGAUCACUUUAAUAUACAGGUAGAUAAUCCUGUGUCUGUUUUAACCCAAGAGAUGAGUAAACAGUUUUUACAGACUAAAAAUGAAGGGGACAAGUACAAGUUUUUUAUGAAGGCAACUCAGCUGGAACAAAUGAAAGAAGAUUAUUCAUUUAUUGAGAAAACAAAAAAAAAUACCCGUAUUCAGAUAGAACAAGGGGAAGAGCGUCUUGAAGAACUUAAGCAGCUUUAUUUGGAAAAGAAGGAAAUUUUCAAAAGCAUCGCAUUUGUGAAUGACAUGCAAAGUCGUCUCGAAGAUUUGAAACAUCAAAUGGCGUGGGCAGUGGUGAGUGAGAUGGAAAAAGAAAUAGAACUGCUCAAAGAAGGUGUCAAAGCUGAAGAAGGAAAUACAGAGCUCCUUCAGAAGGUAGAAGAAUGCCAGGUAAAAGUGAAUGAAGCAGAAAAAAAGUACAAAGCAAUACAAGAUAAAUUGAUAACAGUAAGUGAAGAAGCACAAGCCCUUCAUCCUCAGUGUAUUUCUUUGAAGGCUGAAGUGCAGGCAAAAAGAAAAACAGUCAAUGAAACUGAGAUCAUUUAUAAUCGUUCCAAAACAGAGUUAAAACGUCUGGAAAAAGACAGUGAACAGCUACAUAAACGAAUUGAAGAACUGAAAAGCUGUGCUAAUCAGGGUUCAGAGCCUGAGAAAUUGGAAAGACAAAGGAGAAUUGCAUACUUAAGGGAACAGUUAAAGGCAUUCCACAAUGAAGAAAUAAUGAUUGGUCAGCAGUUGGAUCAAUUUCAGCAGGCUAUAUCUAAGUGUAGGGAAGAACAUUCUAGACUCAGGAGAGAAAGCAGUGAAGUGCAACAAGCACUGGAUGCCCAGCAGAAACAGCUAAGAGAUCUGAAAGAUAGUAAAACAAACACUUUGAAAAGAUUUGGACCACAUGUACCAGCAUUUCUUGAAGCAAUUGAAGUAGCCCAUAAACAAGGACACUUUAGAAAGAAACCUCUUGGACCUUUAGGUGCUUUGAUUCAUCCAAAAGAUCCUGAACUGAUCUUGGCUAUUGAAUCCUGUUUAAAAGGUCUUCUUCAGGCAUUUUGCUGUGAUAAUCAUAGUGAUGAAAGAACUCUCCAGUUACUGAUGUCAAAAUAUUAUACACGUGGACAUAGACCUCAAAUAAUUGUAAAUAAAUUUCAGAAUAGAAUUUAUGAUACUAGUCAGAGAGCUGUUUAUCAUCCAGAAUUCCCAUCAGUUCUGACAGCAUUGGAAAUAGACAAUCCAGUGGUUGCCAAUUGUUUGAUUGAUAUGAGGGGUAUAGAAACAGUCCUGCUGAUUAAAAAUAGCCGGAGGGCUCGUGAGGUAAUGCAGUGCAAUCGGCCCCCAAGAAACUGUAAAGAAGCUUUCACUGCUGAAGGUGAUCAAGUAUUUGAACGACGCUACUACUCUUCCAAUUCUGUCAGACCCCAGCUCCUAAGUCAAGAUGUUGAAGCAGAAAUCAGUCACUUGGAUAAGGAAAUUGAAAACAAAAGGGCACAGUUGACAGCCUCUCAGCAACGCUUAUAUUCCAUUGAAAAUGAGAUUAGGCAGAAUGAAGAUCAUCUCUAUGGUCAUCGACGACACCAAAAACAACUACAGGUAAAAGUAAGAACAGCAAAUGCAGAGAUAGCAGAUCUUGAAAAUGUGGAAGAGCACCAGUCAGCGGACAUCCAUAUAUUACAAGAAGAAGCUGAAGAAAAUAAGGGUAGGAUGGAAUCUGUAAAACAAGACAUGCAGCUACAGAGCAGAAAAAUGGAAGAACUGAAAAAUACUCUCCAAGCAGCUGAAAAAAAAUUCGAAGAAGUGAAAGAAAAAAUUCAUCAAGUAGAAGAAAUUGCUGGCCCAAUUAAGGCUGAAUUAAACCAGGCUGAGUCAGAAGUGGAAAACAGUAAACACCGUUUGCAGCACUAUGAAGACAAACAGAGAGAACAUGUGGCUUGCAUAAAUAAGCACAAAGAAUUACUAGUUUCCAAAGAAAAGGAAUUAAAGGAAAAAAUGGCAAAAGCAAGGCAAAUCUUCUCAGAGCCCAUCAAGGUCAGCAGAACUGUUAAAAGUCUUGAUGCAGAAAUGAAUCGCUUGAGAGAGAAGAUAAAUUUAGAAAGCAGACACCGUGGAAACAGAGAAGAAAUAAUACAGCAAUUUCAUUAUGCAAAGGAAAGAUAUGAGGAUGCAAGCAAUAAAGUGAAGAACUUAAGGAGAUUUAUUGCGAUGCUGGAUGAAGUAAUGACAGAGAGGCUCAAAGUGUAUCGGCAAUUCCUAAGGAGACUUUCUAUACAAUGCAAACUCCACUUUGAGCUUUUAUUACGUGUUCGAGGUUGCUCUGGACAUAUAAUUUUUGAUCACAAGAAUGAGACACUUUCCAUAACAGUUCAGCCUCGAGAGGAAGAAAAAGCUGCCCGUAGUGAUCUGAGAUCCUUAUCAGGAGGUGAACGUUCCUUCUCCACAGUUUGUUUCAUUCUUUCUCUGUGGAACAUUUCUGAAUCUCCUUUCAGAUGCAUGGAUGAAUUUGAUGUCUACAUGGAUAUGGUUAGCAGAAGAAUUGCCAUUGACAUGAUUCUGGAGAGGGCUGAUUUUCAGAGGCAUCGACAGUUCAUUUUGUUCACCCCCCUGAGCAUGAGUUCUCUGCCUACGAGUCCCCAUAUUCGAAUCCUCCGCAUGCCAGACCCUCCAAGAGACCAAAGAACACUGAAUUUCCAAAAUAGAAAUGAUGGAGAUGAAGAUCAAUAAGUAUCUCUGUAUGAAUAUGGAACUUGAAAUUUUUGGCAACUCUUCAGAAAAAAAACACUUUUUAGAGUUCAGCUGCAUUUCUUUUCUGUUGUUGUUUUAGGGGAUGUUUUGUUGUUGUUUGAUGUUACAUGGCUACAAAAGCCAUUGAGACUACUCAGAGAACAACAUUCAGCAGUUUCUGCACUUUUUUACUGAAUAGCAGUUCGUCAAUAAAACCUUAUUACACUGUAAGUUUUAACUUGA